CUGACUGUCACAUUAGAAGUGAAUUGGAUUUUGGCUUAUUUAUUAUUUUUAAACAUUAAUGAGUAAAAUUGUUUAAAAUAACCAACUAGACAGCUGCCAAACACGCUCCACUGCUCCAAGGAAAGGCUGCAAACACGUACAAGCUGAACCAAACACCACAAACAUGAAUUUCCUGCGGCAAACUUUGGGCAUUACGAAACAGUUAACUUCGCAUGCCAUCCAGAGCAGCUUUGAGACCGCCAUGCGUGGAAUGGCCUCGCUGCAGCAGAUGCACCGCAGUGGGCCGCACAUAAAGACGCGACCGCCACGCCAGCCACUCGACGGCAAGCCCUUCGCCAAGGGCGUCGUCCUGAAGACGCUGAUCAAGAAACCCAAGAAGCCCAACUCGGCCAACCGCAAGUGCGUUUUGGUGCGCCUCUCCACCGGCAAGGAAAUGGUGGCCUACAUCCCCGGCAUCGGGCACAAUCUACAGGAGCACAACAUCGUCCUGUGCCGCGUAGGCCGUCUGCAGGAUGUGCCCGGCGUGAAGCUGAAGGCUGUGCGCGGAGUCUACGACUUGGCGCACGUCAUUAAGAAGAGCCAAUAGUUGUUCAUACAUAUAAACAUCUCCUAUAUCACAUUGUCCAAAUGCAUUACUCUACAAUCAAGAAACGGC